ACAUGCGCAGCCGCCGCCAUUGUACAGUGAUUCGUGUUGUGGAUUGUGAAACGGUUUACGAGAUAUUUCGUUUAUUUAGACUUUUCAAACUUUAUAAACUGUGCGUUUAGCAUAAGUAACAAUACGUUUGUGUGUUUGGACAAUUAUUGGACAUUGUACUAUUAAAAGAGACUACAAUUUAGUGUAAUGUCGGCAAGUGUAGAUCAGAGGACAAAGGGACAACAGAAUCAAGUGUCCAAUGGUCCUAACAAAGACUCUGUGAAGGAUUCUCGUGAGGAGUUUGACCAGUAUCUUCCACAACAACCGCACCAGCAGCAACCUGGCUACAACCCAGCCCCAAUGUCAAGCCCCGGCGUUUCGGACCCGUUCCUCCCCAGUUACUACAAUGCAUCAAUGUCUUUUCCUUACAUGGACCAAGGACUUGGAGCCGGACCGUGGUCUAAUGGGGGCGACCCUCCAAUGUUCUCUAUGACAAGUUAUGAUUACAAUGGAAUUUUCGGAAGUUUUGGGUACCCUCCUUUUGGCUGGGAGUACCCGUCCGAUUACUGGGGACAGCAGAACGCAGGGGCACCCGCCCAAAACAAGCCACAGCGGCAGUACAUGGAGCAGGAGUAUUAUCGGCCGGAGAACAUGAUGCCUGCCGAUCCAUACAGUGCGAUGAACGGGGAGAUGGACAGGGACGGUGUGAACACUGUGGAACAGAAUCUAAAGGGGAUGACUCUAGCUGACGGCAAAAUGGAUGGUGUGGUGAACGAUAUGGGUGGGGGUGAGAAUGGGGUGAACAUGGCACAGGGACCAGUUAUUUCGGGUGGUGGAGGAGGGGGCGGUGGUUCGCAGGCUCCGAAGAAGGCCUCGUGGGCCGCGAUAGCGAGUCAGCCGGCUCGACAGCAACCGAAACAACGGCCAAUUCCGCGGCCACCCGUCAACCCCAAGCAGCACAACAACAUGGACAUAGGCACGUGGGGGGAGAACCGAUGCAACGGUGGUGGUGGACGGCAACCCCCCCAGCAGAGACAGGGAGGGUUCAAUGCACCUCGGCGACAGAUGAACUCUUCGUACAAUUCGUCGGGUGGGAAUUCUGGCGGCGGCAACGACCACCGCUCCAAUAGCAACGGCGGGUACAGUGGGUCGUCUAAUUCUUCGUCAACAUCGUCAGCAGUGGUGGCUGUGAACAGUCCUGUUCUGGACAAGUUGAAAUCGUCAAACCAGUAUAACCCCAAGGAGUACAACCUGAACCUGAAAGGUGCGCGUUUCUUCAUCAUAAAGAGUUACUCCGAGGACGAUAUCCACCGGUCUAUCAAGUACAGCAUCUGGUGCAGCACGGAACACGGAAAUAAACGUCUCGACCAGGCAAUGCGCGAACGCGAGGGCAAAGGCCCCAUCUUCCUUCUGUUCAGUGUUAAUGGGAGCGGACAUUUCUGCGGAAUGGCACAGAUGGUCUCGCUGGUGGACUACCAGAAGAGCAGUGGUGUGUGGGCACAGGACAAGUGGAAGGGACAGUUUGAGGUGAAGUGGAUCUAUGUGAAGGACGUGCCCAACAGCCAGCUGAGACACAUCCGGCUGGAGAACAAUGAAAACAAGCCUGUGACCAACUCACGCGACACUCAGGAGGUGCCGCCCGAGAAGGGCAAACAGGUGUUGAAAAUAAUUCAUAGCUACCAGCACAAAACGUCCAUCUUCGACGACUUCACUCACUACGAGAAACGGCAGGAAGAGGAUGUCAAGAAGUAAUUCUGAUGUAUGCAGUGUUCUUGGCUUUACAGAGUGGAUGACUUUUAACCAACUGAUGUCUCUACUCACCAGUCAGGACUACAACUCUCCGGAUUACUUCUUUUUGUGAUUUCUCUUAUGGUUAUGGAAUGGAUUUCUUUUUUUCUUUUUUUUUUCUUUUUGUCAAGGAAUUAGACCUUAGUGAAGUGUUUUUAGGAAGCAAAUUGCCCUGAUACUAUUCUACCAAUCAAUUCUUAUGGAGGAACUACCCCUUCGAUUUCUUGAGAAUUGCACGAUUAAAGACAAAAAAAUAGGAUCUUUUGUGUUAUCAUGCUCAGCGACCAACUAUAUACCCUGCACGUGAUUUCAAGGUGAUACUGACUUCAAAGGAAUAGUGACUCAUCAUUUGUCAAUGAGAGACGAAAAGACAAGAUUUAGAAAACUGAUGUGGAAAUAUUUUGUUUUUAACCAGUGCACUGUUGGAAAUGACAGCAGAAGACUUUAUAAAAAAAAAAAUUGAUGGUUUUCGUUUGAAAACUUUCAAGUGUUUUUAACGUGAUUUAAACAUAAAAACAACAACAAACAAUAAAAACUAUCAAGACCAUAUUUUUUUCAGUGAAAAUUGUUAAUUGUGAUACAAACAGUUGUUAAAAGACCAAGUUGGUGUGCUUUUGUUUUUUUCAGUGAAAUAUUUUCAACAAAUGGCUGUGUAACACUUUUUUUUUAAAGACUUCACCUGCCCCCAUCCACUCUGGAUAACAAUUCGCAUUGAAGCCAUCGAAAGCAGAUGAUCUCGGACUUUCGUGAAAAUUUUUCAGUGAAAAAAUAGAAUAAAUAACCAACGGACCACAUGCAGCGAUUUCAUCAGGCUGAAUCAGUCGCGGCUGUGUUUUUUCAAAGUGUGUAUGUUUGUGUGUGUUUUUUCAUAAACACGUAUGACAACUAAACAUUGAAAAACUUCGUUGGAAGAUUUGUUAUUUGUUUUUAUUGACUUUAAAACUUUAAAAAAAAAAAUACAGAGAGAAAUAUAUGGCAAAAGAAACUUCUUUACAAUUUUCAGUGAAAAGAAUUGGAACCAAUGAACGAAAAGUGAUGUUUUUAUUUGAUGAUUCUUCUUUUCUAAAUAGCCUUUCACGUGAUGUUUUGAAAAGUUGACGACGUCACUUCAUAUUGUCCUCGCAAUGCCAGUGGCACAGGCGUAGGAUUUUCUUUUCUGUUAACCAAAAUAAAGUCUAAAGUAUGGCAUGCAUAACAAA